CAAAGAAAAAAAACAUCUUGUUUUCACUCUCACUCUCUCUCUCUCUCUCUCUCAAGUGAAGAUGGAUUUUCACAGCCUUCUCAGAAGAGAUCUUCAAUUUCUCUGCAAGAUCAACAAAAUUCCAGCUAACAUGACCAACAUCGCCAUGGCCGAUGCUCUCAAAUCUCUUGAGACUGUUGAAGGUCUUGAUGAAUACAUGAACCAGUCAGACUCCAAUGUUCUUCAGUCUCCAACCAGUGUAGCUAAGCUUCCGCCAAGUACUGCAACGAGAGCAACCCGAAGGAAGACCGCUGUAAAACCUGAGCCUCGGUCAUCUCGUUUGGCGAGCAAAUUUCUUGAUGGAGAACUGGACCAGGAAAACACGAUCAAGAAUGUCAAGCUCGAUGUGGCUAAAACUCCCGCAGCACGAAGCACAAGAAAGGCUUCAGCAGCAACUUCUUGUACCAGCAAAGCUCAGGAGAGUAAGAAGGGUGAUUUGGUUCAGUCAGCGUACAGCACAAGGAGAUCAACCAGGCUGUUGGAGAAAUGUAUGGCUGACCUGAGUUUGAAGACUAAAGAAACCUAUAAUCCUGAGAGGAUUGAGGAAGCAGAACAAGAAGUGUCUACUACACAGGAAAAGAAUCCAGCUGGUUCAGAGGAGAGAACUGAGGAUGCUGCAGUUAUCUUAGGUAGAGAUUUAAGUGCUUCCAUGGAGAAAGAAUGGGAUGUGUUGAAGAAUGACGAUGAUACUCCUGUCUUGGAACAUGCCAACACUGAGACAACUAGUGACAAUACAGAGUCCAAGAACCUUGAAACUUUCGAGAGUUUAGUACAAGUCCACCAUCAAGUGCCAGAAGAGGCUAUUCAGGAGAAAGAUUCAGAGCCUGAGAAGACCAACAAUUUCCAUGAGGAAACAAUGGUGGACCAAACCGAUGGUGAUUCAGAAGCUGAUUCAAACCAUGCCGAUCACCAAGAGAUAGAGGUGGCGUCUAAGGAGAACGAUUCUGAAGCUGAGAAAAUCACCACGUUUGAUGGUGAUUCAGAAAGUGAGCAGGAAGGAGAUGAUUCUGGUAUUGACUCUGAUGGCACAAUCUCUGAAGCUGAUUCAAACCAAGUCGACCAUCAAGUGCCAGAAGAGGCUAUGCAGGAGAAAGAUUCAGAGCCUGAGAAGACCAACACUUUCCAUGAGGAAACAAUGGUGGACCAAACCGAUGGUGAUUCAGAAGCUGAUUCAAACCAUGCCGAUCACCGAGAGAUAGAGGUGGCGACUCAGGAGAACGAUUCUGAGGCUGAGAAAAUCAACACGUUUGUUGAAGAUACACUGGUGGAAACUGAUGGUGAUUCAGAAAGUGAGCAGGAAGGAGAUGAUUCUGGUAUUGACUCUGAUGGCACAAUUUCUGAAGCUGAUUCAAAUCAAGUCGACCACCAAGAGACAGAACAUGCGACUGAGGAGAAUGAUUUUGAGGCUGAGAAAAUCAACACUUUUGUUGAAGACACAAUGGUGGAGCAAAAAGAUGGUGAUUCAGAAACUGAGUCGGAAGGAGAUGAUUCUGGUGUUGACUCGGAUGGGACUAUCUCUGAAGCUGAUUCAUACCAAGCCAUACAGGGAUCUGAUAUUGCUGACGAAAAGAAGAUAAUGAUACCUGAGUCAGAAGGUUCUGUAACUGUUCCAACUUCUGCUCUUGUGCUUGAAGAGGCUCUGGUAGAAACAACUCCAUUAUCUCCAUUUGUGGCGGAAUCAAUCUCAGCUCAGUUUCCAAGACCAAACAAAUCAGCAUCAAAGAACUCGGCUAUGAAGCUGGUUAAUGUCGAUAAUAAGAGCAAGGAGAACAGCAUGGAGAUGAUGAUGAAUGUUGUUAAUGGAGAGAGCAAAGGCAAGGAGGCUGCAAAGAAGAAUAAGAAGGUCGAGUUUGAUGAAGAGAACUUGAAAGAUGUUAGCAUGAGACAACUCGUGAAGAUGGUGAAGAAACUCUCUAUAAAGAGUAGUAGCAACAGAACUGCUUUGCAGAUGUUGCCUGGUAAUAAUCAGAUUGCUGAGUAGUGUGGUGACCCUUGCGUUUUUAUUUUAUUUUCUUGUUGAAAAACUGACAAACAUGUGUUUGGUAUGAAUAAAAUUUCAAAUUAAGGAACAGCAACUGGUUAAGAUUUU